CUCAAAAAAUAACAAUGCUUCUAUGACUAGUAAGAGGCAGAGCUGGGAGUUGAACCAGGCAGUCUGCCUGCAGAACCCAGACUAUUAACCAGGAUGCUCUACUGCCUCUCAUUGCCUGUUUUGGACAACUUCUUGGCUGUUUUAUGCUGAUUGUGGACAGACUCGUCAGCAGCUCAAUGGCCUCCUCGAAGAAGAAACUUCAAGGUCUUGUUGCUGCAACCAUCACGCCGAUGACUGAGCAUGGAGAAAUCAACUUUUCAGUCAUUGGUCAGUAUGUGGAUUAUCUUGUAGAAGAACAGGGAGUGAAGAAUGUUUUUGUGAAUGGCACAACAGGAGAAGGCCUAUCCCUGAGCGUCUCAGAGCGCCGCCAGGUCGCAGAAGAGUGGGUGACAAAAGGGAGGAACAAGUUGGAUCAGGUAGUAAUUCACGUAGGAGCACUAAGCUUGAAAGAGUCACAAGAACUGGCACAACACGCAGCAGAAAUAGGAGCCGAUGGCAUCGCUGUCAUUGCACCUUUCUUUCUCAAGCCGUGGAACAAAGAUGUCCUGAUUAAUUUCCUAAAGGAGGUGGCUGCCGCUGCCCCUGCAUUGCCAUUUUAUUACUAUCACAUUCCUGCCGUGACAGGGAUAAAGAUUCGUGCUGAGGAGGUGUUGGAUGGGAUUCAGGAGAAGAUCCCCACCUUCCAAGGGCUGAAAUUCAGUGACACAGAUCUUUUAGACUUCGGGCAGUGUGUUGAUCAGAAUCGCCAGCUACAGUUUGCUUUCCUUUUUGGGGUGGAUGAGCAACUGUUGAGUGCUCUGGUGAUGGGAGCGACUGGAGCGGUGGGCAGUACCUAUAAUUACCUGGGAAAAAAGACAAACCAGAUGUUGGAGGCUUUUGAACAAAAGGACUUCUCUUCAGCCCUGAACCACCAGUUUUGUAUUCAGAGAUUCAUCAACUUUGUGGUCAAACUAGGUUUUGGAGUGUCACAGACCAAAGCCAUCAUGACUCUGGUCUCCGGGAUUCCAAUGGGCCCACCCCGGCUUCCACUGCAGAAAGCCUCCAGGGAGUUUACUGAUAAUGCUGAAGCUAAACUGAAGAGCCUGGAUUUCCUUUCUUUCAAUGAUUUAAAGGAAGGAAACUUGGAAGCCUGUAGUUAGUGCCUCUCUAUUAAAUCAGAGUGUGUACAUUGAGACAUAAUCCACCUUGAAUAGUGCAUUCAUUUCUCAAGGACUUUUUAGAAGAGCUUGAACUAAACUCUCUGCUAGCAAAUGAAAUCUCACGUCAAUCAACAAGUAUUUAAGUACCUACUAUGAUCCUUAAAAAGUUUUAUUUUGUGAAGAGGCAAAAACUCUAAAAGGAGUCAUGAGCCCUAAGUCAUUCAGUAUUUCACACAAUUUUUGUGGAGAAAUUUCUGCUUAUAUGGAUGAGAUGGAAUCAGAAGGAAAAUUGUAAUUGGUUAAUUUCAGCUGCCUUUAUAAAGGAGCUCUCAUUAUCUUGAUUUCUGAUUCUUAAUCCUAUUUUAAAUUUUUCUAAUUUUAAACCACUAUAAUGUACUUUCAUUUUAAUAAAUAUUCAUUUGGAAUCUA